AUGACCACAUUUUCAGCGGAAAUCAGCGACCACGAGUCAAACGACCAAACCGACGGCAACAUGGGAGACAAUAUACACUCAGGAGGGACCACCACUCCUGUCCCACAAGAUCUUGUCGCAGUUAUUGCAGGACUUCAACGACAACUGCAACAAAUGGAAGAACGGCGGAUUGAAGAUCUUCGUCGUCUCAAAGAAGAGUUGACGAGCCCACCCAGAGAGCCCUUGCCACAACCGACUAUUGAAGAGAUAGCCCCCCAACCAAUGGCGGACCCUGUUAGGAGACCUCGACCCAAGCUGACAGACCCAGAAGUCUUUGAUGGUCGAAACCGAAGUCUCUACCGUCCGUUUCGAAGCAAGCUGCGCGCUAAACUUGAGGUCGAUAAAGAAGCCUUGGGCAAUGCCUAUGAUCGUAUGUGGUAUGCUUUUGGCCGUCUAACAGAUGGGGCUGCUAUGCAGGUGCUGCCCUGGAUGGAGCGGUUUGCUAAGAAAGGAGCUACUGAGAGCCAGCUGGACGGAAUGCUUGAUCAAAUGGACUUCAUCUUUCUGGACCGGAAUCUGGAGGAGAAGGCUGUACGAGACCUUGCAAGCUUGAAACAGAACAACAAGCCCUUCACAGUCUUUCUCACUGAGUUCAACCGACUACUCAUGGAAGCUGAUGGCCAUAACUGGCCUGAAAACACAAAAAGGUCCUACCUAGACAAUGCAUUAAACCGUGAGAUGAACACACGCCUUGAAACUGUUGAAAAGAAAAAUGGAUUUGAAGACUAUUGCCGCCAGCUACAGCAGAUUGCGGACCGGAUGGAGAAGAACCAAUUGCGGUACUCACGGAACAAUAAGCAUACCACCUCAACUUCUCCAGCUCACCCUGUGAAUACCACCCGUGCUUCCUCUCCACCCCAAGAUAUGGACUGGGAACCCACAACAACAACUUCUGCACGCAGCCAACCUCGACGCGUGGCUAAGCAUGUAUCACGAGAAGAAAUGGAACGCCGCAGACAAGAACGACGUUGCCUUCGUUGUGGUGACUCCACGCAUUUUAUCUCCCAUUGCCCCUACGACAGUCCUAGGAACAGUACCCGCAUGGCUCGCUCACACAUUCAUGGGCCGGAACUCGAAGAUGAAGAAGAGCAGUUGAGGGAACAACCCAAGCUGGGAAAAGAAUAG